UGUCAACUGUCGUUGUUCUGUCAAUUAUGAAUUAGAUUGUAAAAAUUGUAAUUAAAAAUUGUUCGUACUCAGUGUUGCUUUGUUGUUAUUGCUAAAUAAAACUGAUAUAGCUUAUGGAUACUGAAGACAUAGAGUUAAGUGAAGAUGAGGAAGAAAUUACAGCAGAAACAGUGUUAAAAACCCUUCAAAACGCUUGGCAAAAUGAACGUUUGGCACCAGAAAUACUUCCCCAUCAUAACGAUAUGGUCGAAUGUAUGUUAGGACAAAUACAACAUAUGGAACGAAACAUUAAUAAACUACCUAAAACAGAUCUACGUUCGUGUAUCCACAAAAUGGAAUUAAAUAGAAUUAAAUACAUAAUUUGUAAUUAUCUGAAGACUAGGUUAAAUAAAAUAGAAAAAUUUUGCAUUGCUAUAGUUAAUGAGGAGAAGCAACGAAUAGAAGCUGGUACGAAUUAUUUAACUCCAUCUGAAUUUAGAUAUGCUCAGGAAUACAUUUUAAACAUGGAGAGUCAUUUUAAAAGUACAGUAUUGAAUCAUGUCCCGGGGAAUAUGCAAUCAUUUGAACUGAAUAAAAUGGCUAUAUAUCCUAAUUAUCAAUCUCAUGUAUUUCUUAAGGCUAACGAAACUGUUAAUGGAAUUAUACUAGAAGAUCUAUUGGGUGAUCAAGAUGAAGAAAUAGAUAUAGAAGAGGGUUCCCAGCAUAUAUUACAAUACAAACCAAUUGCGGAUUUAGUUAAAAAUGGCAAAGUUCAACUUGUUUAAAUUUUAUAUUAAUAAAAAUAAAAAUGUUGCAUUAUUCAA